AUGUCUACUCCUUCGCCCCAUCAUCGGCACCAAACAUCGCUGGAGGGAGUUUUCGAUCUUUUCUUACCGCAUCCUGGGCUGAGUUCUGAGCAACGACAACACGCAACUCGUACGUUCACCACCGUCAUCGAAGCGUGCGAACCUCUUCAAAAUCACAAGCCGUACAAGCAGGUCACCCUCGUCCGACUAACCUACGAAUAUGCGCGUUCCGAGGCGUCAAGAGACAACUUUCUACGUUUCUUCUUCGAACACACCCAGAUUCCGGUCAAUGCCCCUCAGAGUGAAUCGAUCUCUACCAUCGACCAUGCGCCCCGAUUGAUUACAUUUGCUGAGACACUUAUGGAGAACUUUUUCUUGCCUUUGAGAGCCUCAACGAGGAAAACUCCCCAACCUUCGCCUGCCGCCCUUUCUGAUCUCCAAAGCAUGCAAUCUUUUUCUGGGACUACCCAAAGGCUGGCGACUUUGAGAAGAGAUUGUCUCAUACGUGAUCGCCACCGCUGUGUCAUAUCACGCUCAUUCGACCGUGACGAAGCAAUGAGGCGGGUUGCCCGGGAUGGCACUCAGAAGGCACAAGAUGAUGAUGGAUUUCCAUUGAGCAACGAAUCUAAUAUAUUUGCAACACUAGAGGUGGCACAUAUUAUCCCUCAUUCACUGAUGACACUCUCGAGUGGGGAACAUGAGUUGGACACGUCCAAAAGAACCGCCCUCGCAAUUCUGAAUAUGUUCGAUGACGGUGUGGUACGCCUCAUCGAAGGCAACGAUAUCGAUCGAACCCGCAAUGCGAUUACUUUGACAAUGGAAUUCCACCAAUUAUUUGGUCGUUUCGAAGUCUAUUUCGAACCCCAGGGAAAUCAACUUCAUACAUACCGAAUUGAUUCAGUACGAGAGGACUUCAUGCGCCAUCCAAUCCUGCCUAUAGAGAGCCGUUCUCUUUUUCUGACUGACACUCGAACGAUCGACCCCCCCUCUCCACGAUUACUAGCUAUCCACGCCGCCAUUGCCCAUAUCCUCUACUUGAGUGCCGCUGGUAGUCACAUUGACUGCAUCCUUGAUGACCUUGAUCAUGGGGAUAUACUGGUAGAUGGAUCUACACAGUUGGGAUAUCUCACAACGCUGAGAGUUGGGGGUUGGUGGGAUGGACGGAUCGGCGCUUAUUGA